AUCACGCAGUUGCUGAUCGAGCGGCUUGCCGACGUGAACGCGCGCGACCGCUACGAGUACACGCCGCUGCACGUGGCCGCCAACAACGAGCUGACGGCGAGCGCGCGCGCGCUGCUGCUGGCCGGGGCGGACGUGACGGCGCGCACGCGGGGGGGCGUGUCCGCGCUGGCCUCCGUCGUGCGCAAGGUGCCCGCCGCUCUCAAGGCUCUGCACCAACGUCUGGACGCUGCCGUGUCCAUUCACGACGCCAGCACUACAAUGUUGGACUCCGCCUUCGUCAACGAUACUCAUGCAGUGCAGGAUGAUGUCGUGGUCAGCCUCAACUUCAAACCACUGCUUCAGUUCAGCUCGCCAGGAGAAAUAGACUAUCUCAAAGCUUUUGUCGACGAGGGGCACAAGGAUAUUCUGAAGCACCCUCUGUGCAGAGCUUUUCUCCAUUUUAAAUGGAAGAAGGUUCGCAAGUUCUAUGUCAUUAAACUACUGUUUUACUUGUUGUUCGUCUCUGUGUUAACGGCGUGCGUCCUUUCAUCAAACGCGCGUCAUUUCAGAGACUGCAAGUCAAGUAAUGAAACUGAAAUCAAAACAGAAGAUUCUUACCGGCGUUCUUCCAUUGCGUUUUGGAAUGUGUUGCAUCAUGUUAACGAAUCAAAGCUCCUGAAUAGCUCUCGCUCUACUGCCGAGAUCAAUACGCUUCCACAAUCGGAAUCAAAAAAUACUGAAUAUGAUGCAAAAAAUGUCUCCAAUACUACUGAUUUUACAGGAUCCGUAAGGAUUCAAAAGGAUUCGAAAGGGCUCAAUAAAAGUGACACGUUAAGUUACGAUUUAAUGGUUAUUUUAAGUCUUCUGGCUUCUAUAGAGGCUGUGAGGGCAGUUUACAGUAUUUCGGGCUAUGCCUCGUGGAUUGAGUAUUGUUGGCACCUGGACAAUGUUCUUGAAUGGCUCGUGGAACUUUCCGUGAUCGUGUGGAUCGUGAUGGAAGCGUUAGGAACUUGCGUCUCAAGCUGCAAGUGCAUUCAAGAUCACGUCGGCGUCCUAGCGCUCAUUCUGGCCUAUUUUAUGCUGACACGUAUAGUGGGGCACUUGCCGCAGUUUCAAGCCUACGUCUCAAUGUACAUGAGUGUGCUCCGUUUGUUCCUCAAAGCACUGGCAGCCUAUAUUUUCCUUCUCCUUGGCUUCGUCUUCGCUUUCUGCGCAGCCUUCCCAGGCAUCGACACGUUCUCCAACCCAGCCACUGGGAUUGUUCGAGUUACCAGCAUGAUGGCCGGCGAUAUUCUUUAUGAAGACACUUUCAAAGAGAAUAUUAAGUUGCAGAUUACCUCACAUAUUCUGUUUAUGAGUUUUGUGUUGUUCGUGACCAUUGUGUUAAUGAACCUACUCGUCGGUUUAGCAGUACACGACAUACAGCUGGAGCAGCAGACGCGCCUCGUGGCGCAGGUGGAGCGCGCGCUGCUGUGCGAGAGGGCGCCGCGCCUGCUGCGCCGCUGGCUCUGCGUCUCCCCCGGCCGCUACCGCAAG